AUGGGUGGCAAAGGUGGCAACAGCGGUGGAGACAACAGAGGAGGGAACGGAAGUUCUGGUGGCAGUGGUUUGUCUAAGGGCGGAGGCAAUGGUAUUGCCGGCGGUGAAUAUAUUAAAGCACUGGGUGACGAUAGGUCAUAUAAUUCAAGAGCCGGAUUUGAGGUGGGAGUUCUGGAGGAGGAGCCAAAGGCAGUGGGAGGCAACGGAGGAGGGAAAGGAAGCUCCGGUGGCGGUGGUUCGUCUAAAGGCAGCGGCAGUGUUGGUGCUGGCGGUGGAUAUAUGAAAGCGCCUGGUGGUGGUGGCUCAUACAUUUCAAGAGUCGGAUUUGAGGCAAAUCCUCGAGGAUAUUUCUCGGGUUUACGCGGUGACCAGAAGAGCAAAUGA